GCCUUCGGAAAAGGAAGUAGCAGCACAUGAGAGCGCCAGCGGUGACCCGGGCGACAGCGGUGACCCAACUAGAGGGCGGCGACGGCGGCGGCAGCGGCAGCAGCAGCGGUAGCAGCAGCAGCGGCAGCAGCGCUGGUUAAUUGCCGCUCCAGGCCAGAGUUGGCACUUAGAGGCGGGGCCAGCCGCCCAGAGCAGCCCUGAUCAGGAGUCAGGUGCCGAGGGACGGGCUGGAAUUGUUUGGACUCAAACACUGCGGUUUCUACCAUGGGUUUGUCUGCAUCUACCCCUGCUGUUGCAGUUCAGACCUCAAAUGCAUCAGAUCAUCAGACAACAUCCCGGCCUUCAGGAUGUCCAAUGCAUGAAGGGAAAAUGAAAGGCUGUCCAGUGAGUACAAAGCCGUCUGACUCAGCAUGUGAGAGCAAGACCAAUUCCACUCCUGCCCACCAAGAACGCGCGUAUGAGUAUGUGGAGUGUCCCGUCACGGGCUCUGUGGCCAAGAAUAAGGAGAACUUAGAUCCUGCGAAUCUGAUGCCACCAGCUAAUCAGACACCAGCCCCCGAUCAACCGUUUGCACUAUCCACUGUGAGAGAAGAGUCAUCCAUUCCGAGAGCAGAUUCAGAAAAGAAGUGGGUUUAUCCUUCCGAACAGAUGUUCUGGAAUGCGAUGCUAAGGAAAGGGUGGAAGUGGAAGGACGACGAUAUCAGUCAGAGGGACAUGUAUAAUAUCAUUAGAAUUCACAAUCAGAAUAACGAGCAGGCGUGGAAGGAGAUUUUGAAGUGGGAAGCCCUUCAUGCUGCGGAAUGUCCUUGUGGCCCGUCGUUGAUUCGGUUCGGAGGUAAAGCGAAAGAGUAUUCACCACGGGCGAGGAUCCGGUCCUGGAUGGGGUACGAGUUGCCUUUCGACAGGCACGAUUGGAUCAUCAACCGCUGUGGGACGGAAGUCAGAUACGUCAUUGACUACUACGACGGCGGCGAAGUCAGCCGGGACUACCAGUUCACCAUCCUGGACGUCCGACCCGCUUUGGACUCGCUUUCGGCGGUGUGGGACAGGAUGAAGGUCGCCUGGUGGCGCUGGACCUCAUAACCACUGUCUUGUUAGAGAUGGGCAAAUAUAACCUUUUUUUUUUUUUUUUCUGAACAAUAUAUUAAACUAUUUUCCCCAAACUGAAUUGCAGUCAUCAUGUACUGGGAGUGCAAGUGGAUAAUGACACCUUACACUUCACUUAGUGAAGGACAGCAUGCACCUGCUCUUUGGAGUUUCAUUUUCACCCUGCAGUUCAUAGCAGAUCAUGUUAAAUUUAAUUCCCACUUCCCUUCAGUGGGAAGCAGUCCCUUAGUUUUCACUUUAUCUGUGGUAUUGCCUGUGUAUUUAAUCUAGAAAAGUCUGAACGACCUCUGAAAAAGAACUUAAAAUAUGAGGAGAGCUACUUUUUUUCUUACUGUUUUCUCUUGAAUACGCAACAUGUGGAUCCGAAAGCCUCUGCGAUGCUCAGGAGCUUUUACCUGGUCAAAUAUUUUAAUGGAAGCUAUUCAGUUAUGCUUUUUAAAGAGUUGCCAGCAUGUCUAAAGCCCCUAUGACCUAGCAGUGAAUCCUGAGAAGAAACAUAAAAGAUUUACACUAGAAAUGUACUCAGCAAAACUAAGAUGUUUCUUGGCUCUCCAAAUUCUCAUAUGAAGUUUUCAGACUGGAUCUUGUUAGAGAAUAGUUUGAACGCCCCCAUGGUUUGAUGGUGCACGUGCAUUAGAAUAUUAAAAUAUUCUAAUAGUCUUUUUAAUAUUAAGAUAUUAAAAUAGUCUUUUAAAUAUUUGCAUUUCAAGUUUGUGGUUCUGAUAUAUAACUCUGCUCCCAACAAACAGGUCUCAUUGUCCCUGGCAUUUGACAAGUUCUCCUACCUUUGCGUUCCAUCCUUCUGCCUGAAGCCUUCCCUGCAGUUGGCCUCAUCUAAACCUUGAAGGUCAGGCACAAGUCGCAGUGCUAGCUCGGGUCCCUUUCCAAAACAUGGUUAGAUUUUGUUGAGUGUUAGAAUUCACCAGGAGAGUAUUUUUCCCAGAUGUAGAAUGUUUGCAUCAACUCACUGUCUCAGUUCAGACUUUUUUUGAGGGAGCUCUAAGUUUGCCAUUGAAAUGCUUGGUACUAGUAAUCCAUAACAUUGUUCUACUUCGAGCAGCGUGUUACAAAUGACUUGGGUUUUUUAAAGUUGAUAAUAAUUCUUUUUAUUUACCCCAAAUACCAUUAAAUUCUUAGAUGGAAUUAGCA